AUGAGUCUGUGGUAUGUCAUUGUUGGAUUCGUCUUCUUUGCAUCCAUACUCAUUGCAAAGAACAUGAAAAAGUCAGACAAGACAAAGAAGAAUCUACCUCCUGGACCAUGGACACUUCCUAUAAUUGGGAACUUGCACCAAUUGGGAACGCAUCCUCAUCGCUCCAUGUUCGAGUUAUCCAAAAAGUACGGCGCUCUAAUGUCAAUGAAGUUUGGAAGUGUAUCUACUGUUGUGGCAUCAACACCGGAGACUGUAAAGGAAGUCUUGAAAACAUUCGAUUUAGAUUGUUGUUCACGACCUUACAUGACGUAUCCUGCAAGAAUCACGUACAAUCAAAACGAUCUCGUCUUUGCUCCUUAUAGCAAAUAUUGGAGGGAAGUAAGAAAGAUGACGGUUGUUGAACUCUACACGGUGAAAAGGGUACAAUCGUUUCGACAUGUAAGAGAAGAAGAAGUUGCCUCUUUCGUCGAUUUCAUCAAAGAAUCCGCUUCAUUGGAGAAUCCAGUUAACUUCAACGAGAAGUUACUGAAACUGUCGGGGAGUGUGAUAUGUAGGGUUGGGUUUGGGAUAAAUCUUAAAGGGAGUGAACUUGAGAACACUGUUGACCAAGUCAUUGUGCAAACUUUUGAGGUGUUGGGGAGUUUUGCAGCAGCUGAUUACUUCCCGGUCAUUGGUAAACUCAUCGAUAGAAUCACAGGUUUACAUGGCAAAUGUGAAAAGGUUUUUAAGAUACUGGAUUCGUUUUUCGACCAAGCUAUAAAGCAUCACCUAGAAGAUGAGGGUAUUAAAGAUGAUAUCAUUGACUUGCUCCUCAAGAUGGAAAAGGGAGAGAUCGGACUUGGAGAGUAUCAACUUACUCGAACCCACACUAAAGGAAUUCUUUUUAAUAUUCUUUCUGCUGGAAUAGACACUUCUGCCCAAACUGUGACAUGGGUGAUGACACAUUUGAUUAAAAACCCAAGAGUGAUGAAGAAACUGCAAGCGGAGAUCAGAGAAGUGAUCCAAAACAAAGACCAUAUCACAGAAGAUGACAUAGAACGACUUGAGUAUCUCAAAAUGGUGAUCAAAGAAGCUUUUAGGAUAACACCACUUGUGCCACUUCUAGUUCCAAGAGAGGCUUUAAGGGAUGUCAAGAUCGGAGGUUACGACGUUCCAAAGAAAACAUGGAUCCAUGUCAACAUUUGGGCUGUUCAUAUGAAUCCAAGCAUUUGGAAAGAUCCUGAAUAUUUCAUACCAGAGAGGUUUAUGAAUAAUGAGACUGACUAUAAAGGUCUAAACUUUGAUCUCUUGCCGUUUGGUAGCGGAAGGAGAAUGUGCCCUGGUAUGGCUAUGGGUGUAGCUUUGGUUCACUUGGCUCUUAUCAACCUUCUUUACCGUUUCGACUGGAAGCUUCCAGAUGGAAUGGAACCAGAAGAUGUCGACCUUCUAGAAUCAUAUGGACUUGUCUGUCCUAAGAAGGUACCACUUCAACUUAUUCCAGUCCUUACCCAAUGGACUUGA